AUGACGGAUAAGAGUAUAAAGGACGACCAGGAGAAGGACCAGGAGUCGGUGUAUGAUCAGUCGUCCAUCGAUUCCAACGUCACUGACAAUGAGGUACUUGCCAUUGGUGUGGCUGACGAGGAGAGUCAAAUUGACAAAAAUCGCGGGGAGGACAUUAUUUUUCCGGUGCCGAGUGUCGCAGAAGAGGCUGUAUCACGAAAGAUAAGUAAAAUUCAAUCAAAUCGUGAAAGCAUUAAAUCUGGGGUAGUGGAACCAAAGAUCACCCUCAAAAGGACACUAACACACGAUACUAAAAACUAUGGAAGGUUCACAGAACGUAAAAAGCGCUUCAUUGUCUGUCUUGCUGCUGCUUCAUGUUUCUUAUCUCCCAUGUCAACUUUGGCAUAUUUACCAGCAGUGCCGGAAAUAUCGACGGAGUUUAAUACUACUGGGGAAGUCAUUAACAUUUCAGCUGCAGUCUUUUGUGUGUUCAUGUCCUUAUCUCCAUGUGUCUUCUCCCCUUGUUCUGACAUAUAUGGAAGGAAAUCCACUUUUGUGAUCUGUUUGAGCAUGUACACCUUGUGUUCCACAUUGGUUGCAGUUUCACAAAAUCUUGCCAUGUUUUAUAUUUUUAGAGCUUUUUCAGCCUUAUUUGGAACUGCAUUUUUUACCACUGCUGCACACCUAGUAGGUGACAUAUAUCCUCCAACCGAAAGAGGUACAGCAAUGGGUUGGACAUUGUGUGGUACUCAGGUUGGCUCGGCUCUUGGUCCCGUCAUUGGUGGGAUCAUUGUAACUUAUACAUCUUGGAGAGUAAUCUUUGGAGUUUUGGCGGGUCUUGGUUUUUUGUUUGCAGUCAUUGUAUUGUUUUUCCUACCUGAAACUUUGGAAGUUACCAAACUUCAGUUAGUAUUAGCUGAAAUUCGUAAAGACAAACCUAAAAAGAAAUUUGUUUGGAUUCCUUAUAACCCAUUCCGAGUUGUUGAAGCUUUAAAAUAUCCAAAUUUAUUUUUAGGUGGAUUCAUUGUAAUGAGUUUAACAUUCACCAUGUAUGGGCUUUUGACUCCUAUCCGAUAUGUUGUGGAUCCUAGAUUUAAUUUGACAUCUCCAAUCUAUGGAGCUCUAUUCUACUUACCUCCAGGGUUAGGCUACUUAGUUGGCAGUAUACUUGGUGGGAAAUGGGCCGACAUAGUUGUGAAAUAUUUCAUUAAAAAGAGAGGAAAGAGAAUACCAGAAGAUAGAAUCUACGCUACUAUUAUUCCCUUGGGAGUUGUGUAUCCGGUUUGUAUGCUUGUCUAUGGAUGGUCACUUGAGAAAAAAGUUGGAGGAAUGGUGUUACCAAUUGUAUUUAUGUUCAUUAGUGGACUCGCUCAGACAUUCGUUUUCCCGGCAUCAAAUACAUAUUGUGUAGAUUCUAUGCCUGAACUUGGAGGUGAUGCGGUGGGGAGCAGUUAUUUUUCUAGAUAUAUUUCAAGUGCAGUAGCAUCGGCAACAUGUCUUAGGAGUAUUCAGAGUAUUGGAAUAGGUUGGACCUGUACAAUUAGUGCAUUUGUAUUGUGGGUAGCAACCGGUUGUGCAUUUAUUUUAAUUUGGAAGGGAGAAAGUUUACGUAUCGCUGCAUUAACGAAAAAUGGAUUUAAGCCUAAAGUACGGUGUUAA